AUGUGGUCAAUGUGGCUGUUGGCGCCCUACGCGUCGUUCCUUCUUUUCGCUUCUUUUAUCUACUUCAUCGUUUAUCCGUUCUUCGAAUAUAUCCGGGACCCCAAGGGUCUCCGGCGAUACCCCAACAUGACCCCCUUCUCUGGAAUGUCGGCAAUUCCCUUCAUGAUCCUCGCCUCGAGAGGUUUCCGCUCGAAAGAAUUGUCCGAAAUGCACAAGAAGCACCCUGUCAUCCGCACUGGCCCCAACACCCUGUCCUACGGUGAUGUCCGCGCUAUCAAGGAUAUCUAUGGUCACGGGACAAAGUGCAUCAAGGAUCCGUCCUACAUUGUCACUGCCGGGACGCACUACCACCUUGCCGAUGUGAUUGACAGGGCCGAGCACUCGCAGAAGCGAAAGGUGCUAUCGUCUGCAUAUGCGCUGAAGAACCUUGAGACUUGGGAGUACAAGGUCACUGAUAAGCUUGAGCGGCUGGUGGCACAUUUUGACAAGGUCUGCACGGCACCUGCUUCCGAGGCUGUGAUCAAGGGCAAGGUUGCUCCGGAUCCGCAGGAUAUCACUCUUGACUUCCGGGCGUGGACCAAUUUCUUCACGCUCGACGCGAUUGCCGAUAUUGGUCUGUCGGAGAAGCUGGGCUUCCUUGACACUGGCAGUGACGAGUGUAUUGCCGAAACCAAGGACGGGAAAACGUACAAGGUCAACCUGCGGGAUGCUCUGUAUCCCAAUGCGAUCAAGCAGUCUCUGAUCCUGUGGAACUACGACUGGUAUCCGAUCCUCAACAAAUUGGUCGAUGUCAUUCCAUACUUCCGUCGGCUGCAGGAGAAGGGAAAGCACUGGGACAACAUUGUCUGGCGCCGCUCGAUCGAACGCCUUCGCCGCUACGAGGCCGGUGAGAAGCUAGACGACUUCUUCCAGGCAACUAUGGAGGAUAAGAACGGCCGCCCCAACAACCUCGAAUGGGGCAAUGUUGUCUCCGAAGUGAACAUCAUGAUGAACGCCGGUAGCGUCACCACCGCUGUUGCAAUCGCCAAUGUCAUGUACCAGCUCCUCAAGAACCCGCACUGUCUGGCCAAGCUCCGCGAAGAGGUCGACUCCGUUCUGGACCCUGAUGAGGUGAUCGCCCCCUAUGACAAAGUCAAGCAUCUGCCCUACCUCCGUGCCUGUCUUGACGAAUCUAUGCGCAUUUUCCCCCCAACCUCGCACGGUCUCCCGCGCGAAACGCCCCCCGAAGGCCUGGAGAUCCUCGGCCAGUGGGUUCCGGGUAAGACCUCGGUCAGCAUGUCCGCCUACGUGGCGCACCACGACGAACGGGCGUUCCCCAACUCCAAGCAGUACAUCCCCGAGCGCUUCAUGGGCGAGCAGGGUAAGGCGGUGCAGCCGUACUUCGUGGCCUUCUCUGCUGGCGCGCGGUCGUGUAUUGGACGGAACAUUUCGUAUCUGGAACAGACUAAGGCCUUGGCGUCGUUGGUACAUCGGUAUGACUUUGCAUUGUCGCAUCCGGACUGGGAAUUGAAACGGUUGGAGUCGAUGAAUUUGAUUCUGGGAGAUAUGCCGGUGAAGAUCUGGAGGAGGGAGUUGGCCGCAUAG